AUGGAGGGAGAGAGCUCGCAGCCAUCGGACAGAAGAGGUGACAAUACCGGGUCCGGUCCAUCCUACUUCUUGAUUCUCUGUCGAUGCUUCCGCUUGAUUGCUUCUCUUGCCGCCAUUCUCUGCAUCGCUGUAAAUGUUCUCUCCGCCGUCCGAUCUUUCAAACACGGAUCAGAUAUAUUCGAUGGAAUAUUCCGGUGUUACGCAGUGGUGAUUGCUAUGUUUGUGGUCGCGGCUGAGACAGAAUGGGGAUUCUUCAUGAAGUUCUGGAAGGUCCUGGAGUUUUGGGCUGGGAGGGGUAUGCUACAGAUAUUUGUUGCAGUGAUGACCAGGGCUUACCCCGAGUACUUUGUGAAGCAUCGAAAGCUCUUUCUUCUUCAGAGCAUAGCCAGCUACCUGCUUCUUGCAUGUGGUGUGAUUUAUGUUAUAUCUGGAAUAUUAUGCAUUGGUGUUUGCAAGCGUGCUCGCCAGAAGAAAGAACUUUCAAGGGAUCAAGCAAUUAAGGAUCUCCAGGAUCUGGAGCGCCGUAGAGAAGAACUUCAGUCUUUGUUGAUUGUAGAGGGUGCUUGA